UGUCACACUCCUCUGUGACGCGCGAGGCUCCUCAGUUACUUAGAAGCCAAAAACAGGGGAGGUGAGGAGAGACCGGAGCCUGGCCUGGCUUCCCAGCCCACAGGGCAGCUCAGCUCUGGUGUGAUUGGUUACCUUUGGACAGAGUGGAGACUGUGUCCCACGGACACUGGCAUCAUGAACAUAUUUGAUAGGAAGAUUAACUUUGAUGCCCUCUUAAAAUUUUCCCACAUAACACCCUCCACACAGCAGCACCUGAAGAAGGUCUAUGCCAGUUUUGCCCUCUGCAUGUUUGUGGCAGCUGCAGGGGCCUAUGUCCAUGUGGUGACUCAUUUCAUCCAGGCUGGCCUGCUAUCUGCCUUGGGCUCCCUGGGGUUGAUGAUUUGGCUGAUGGCAAUACCCCAUAGCCAUGAAACUGAGCAAAAAAGACUGGGACUUCUUGCUGGAUUUUCUUUCCUUACAGGAGUUGGCCUGGGCCCUGCUCUGGAAUUUUGCAUUGCCAUCAAUCCCAGCAUCCUUCCCACCGCCUUCAUGGGUACAGCAAUGAUCUUCACUUGCUUCACCCUGAGUGCGCUCUAUGCCAGGCGCCGUAGCUACCUUUUUCUGGGAGGUAUCUUGAUGUCAGCCUUGAGCCUGAUGCUCUUGUCUUCCCUGGGGAACCUUUUCUUUGGUUCCAUUUGGCUUUUCCAGGCGAACCUGUAUAUGGGGCUUGUGGUCAUGUGUGGCUUUGUCCUUUUUGAUACUCAACUCAUUAUUGAAAAGGCUGAAAAUGGAGAUAAGGAUUACAUCUGGCAUUGCAUUGACCUCUUCUUAGAUUUUGUGACUCUCUUCAGAAAACUCAUGAUGAUCCUGGCUAUGAAUGAGAAGGACAAGAAGAAAGAGAAGAAGUGAAAUGACCAUCCAGCCUUCCCCAAUUUGACUUCCUCUCCCUCUACCCACCAUUUCCUCUUUGCACACAUAACAGGUGGUGUGUUCAGUGAUAAUGAAAAGCAUCAGAAAAGCUUUUGUACUUUGUGGUUUUCUCUAUUUUGAAUUCUUUGAUCAAAAACUGAUUAGCAGAAUAUAGUUUGGAGUUCGGCUUCAUAUUCCUGGGGUUCUUCCCCCAACUCCCUUUUCUGUCAACCCCAUCCCUAGCUUCUUCCUGUGCUCAGCAGCCAGUCCACCAUGAUAAGAGCAGGACCUGCAGAGGGCAAACUCGAGGAGUCCAUGCUGACCUUCGCCACGUGGAUCUGAACUGUUUGGUGGAGCCACCUCAGUCUGCCCUUCCACAGCGUUGUUUGCUUUAUGCACAGUUCUGUGGGACUGGGCAGUGUUUUCCACUGGAAAGAAGUUUGCUGGUCCUGUUGUUACUUGGGCUCAGGACAGCUGAGCAUCUGUCAACCCCUGCAAAGAAAGUGGAAGAGCCUCUUUGAGUGGAUGCUUUGCUGCUCUGAGCUGCCCAAGUUGCUAUUGAUCUGGCAAACAACAUUUGGCCUUGCCAUCAUAAAAGGAGUGAAUUUGUAUGUGUUCCCUUUCCCAUCCCUUGUCUGAUCCUUGGGGAAUCUGCCUGCUUUCCAUCCAUGGGGGUGGGGAGGAUUUCAGUGCACGAAGGGAAGACUUGAUUUUUGUCAGGUGUGUAUGACAAGGCUUAUUAACCGACGUAUGGUAAAAUAUAGGAUAGAAUUUCUCAAUUUCCCGUUUUUUUUUUUUUCGCUGGGGCAGGGGGUUUAUCACCUUAGUUACUGAGUGACCUCCACCAGAUGGCUUUGAUUAAAUGUUCCAGGAGAGGAAAGAUAGGGAAGGGGAGUGGUUGAGCCUCUGGGGGUAAUUGCAACUAAUCCUGCCAUACAAACCUAGAUAAAGACCUGAUUGGGGCAAGGGGGAACAAAAUCUCUGCUAACUAUGUGGUUCUUGUUCAUAUCAACAGUAUAGGGCUUUGGUGACCUGGAGAGUAGCAUUUGUAAUAGUCUUUAAGUGCAUUUUUGUCUUAACCCACCUGGACUCAGACAGUAUCAGGCCCAAGAUUGGAGACAGUAGAUAAAUGUUCAUUUUACAGAUGUACUUCAGUUUUGGUCUGUUCACCUGUUCCCAGAAAUCUACAGCUGCCUUGCAGGUGAUGAAACCUGCCAGACAUCAUAUUUCCCUACAGCUUUGUGAUUGCAAGUGUCAGUGGGCAAUACCAGUGGGUUCACCAGCCCCUUUCCUGUGGACUGCUACCAUCAGCUGGCUGGCACAGAAGGGCGGUCAGCCUUGGCAGAGGUUGUGGCUGUAUUUCUGGAGUGGCUUGUCAUCCAGAAUUGGCUGGCUUCUGCAGAGAAUACUGCCCUCUGAUUAGCUGCCACCUCCAGCCUCUGGUGUGAGAACUAAAGGGACUUCCUUCCCAUUAAAUCCCCAAUAGCAAUUCCCCAUAAAGUUGUUGAUUCUCUGCUAGGCCUGAGAAUCUGAGUUACAUCUCUUGAAGCCAAACUCCAUUUCUUGUGCUUUUUUGCUUGGGAUAAAGGAGUUUUUCUUUAGAAACAGUGCCAAGAAUGACAAGAUACUAAAAAAACCACUUUUAAAGAAAAUGCCUAACAGGUUUUUAAUACAGUAAUCACUAAUUAUAACUUUCUAGUUCCUUGGUUUUCAGCUCAGGCUGCAUUCUCUAACUCAUACUGUGAAGACAAAGGUGUUUUUGAUUCAGAAAUAUAUAAAAUCUAUAGUCUUAAUUUGUAAAAAAUAAAGUUCCUUAACCUUUC